GUUUGUCAACUGUCAAUUAACUGGCUUCGAUCAAGUGGUAAAACACGUGUGGGAAGCUGUACCGUAAAUCUUACUAUUAGUGUUUAUUCCCAUAAAAUUUAAGUACUAAAAUGAAUAAUCUGCUCAGGAGUGCAUUUAGAAUCAGCAGCUGCAAAGCAUUUUUAAAUCCCACGAAAAAAGUAUUGUUUCCCAAUGGCGCCCUUCAGCAGCGACAAAUAGCACGCAAUCUGUGGUACAUGACCAACCCUCGAAAUAACGAAUCUGAAAAUAAAUUGAGCAAAUUGUGUACUUGUGGUUGUAUGAAUAAAUAUCAACAGGUUCAUAGUAAAGCCGAAAAAGAACUUGUAGAAUUUCUCACGGAAGAAAUAUUAGCAGAGAGAAAAGCUCGACAGUCAAAUACUUUGCCAGCUGAACUGGAUGGUUUUAAGAUUCAAUUAGAUGGUGCUGAAGUUACUUUUUCGAAAGUAUGUGAUGAUGAAAAAAUCAAAAUAACUUUCAAUGUUAAUCAUACUGUUGACACGGAUACAGAACCUGAAAUACAUCCAAAUAUGGACAAGCCAGAGGUUGGGGAGUUAAAAUCGAAACCACCAUUUGAUAUUGAGUUAUCAAGGGGAAAAACUACUCUGAAACUUGUAUGCUCAUUUGUUGACUCAGAUGAACGCCAGGAGGGUUACAAUGAUAUAUUUGGAUUGGAUGAAAUCAGUAUUUACGAUGGGGAUUGGAAUGACAAUAUUUAUGCAGUGUCAGGAGAAAGCAUAGAUACUUACUUAUAUGACCUGAUUUUGAAUUACUUAGAAGAAAAAGGAGUCUCAAACGAAUUUGUUGAAAAAUUAUCCAAAUUCAGUACGUCAUAUGAACAUUCUGCAUACAUUGGCCUUUUAGAAGGAUUAUCAAAAUUUGUUUCUGGAAAAUAAGAAUUUUGAUAAGUACAACAGUGUAAUUGUAUCAUAGAUUUAAGUUUUUUUGGUUCAUAAUAAACAUUACAUAAAUUUAUAAAACAUCAGAAUCAUUUUGGAAAACUUUCAUAUAUUCUAUAGUAGUUUAUCACAAGGUUAAGUUUAUACAAAGCUUAAAUUAAUUAAAAAAAAAUCAAAGAUUUUCAUGUACAGGUUGCUUAUGAGCUAGAUACAGAGUCACGAUACUGCCCAAGGCACUUACUAAAAAUAUUACAUCGAACCAACGAUGAUAAAAAUUAAAUUGCAAAUCUCCUAAAACUUGGGUUAUUAUUGUCCUAUAUUGUGGAGGCAUAUUCAUCCUCAUAAGAAGAACAGAAGAAACAAAAUACAUUCCCAUGAUUUGGGCUAAAAUCAGUACAAUAAUGUUGGAACUUUUACUUGAUGACAUUCUGUUGAAAAACUGAAAAAACACAUUGAAAACGUCAUCAAACAAGUAUUAAAAAACCUUACCUUUGUUAAAGUCAAUAAUAAUCCUCUUAUGGAAGUAACAACAAUACAUCCUAUCAAAUAAAAAGAUACCUGUUGAGACCAAAAAUUGACAUCAAAAUUAAAACCCAUCCAGUGAAUUGCAAUUUCUAUGCCUCUAGUUACAGGGUCUUUUUUUCCUACUCUGUCAAAUACUAUAUUAAUGGUACA